AUGGCGUUCAAUCACCCGGCCCUCAUGCAGGCGAUGCUCGCGCUGGGUAGUCUGCAAAUGGCCAAGCUCCAAGGCCACCCCCCAACAGCAGCGAUGAAGCACUACCACUUGAGUCUCCGACGUAUCGCCAAGAACUACCAAAGCCCUACUCGACGGAUCCAACCAGCCACUCUGGCAGCUACUUUGCUGCUUGGCUUCUACGAGGUGUGGAACUCGGAUCACGAUAAAUGGUGUAAACACAUGUGGGGCGCUCGCGCGAUCCUGAAGGAGCUUCCCCUACGGCAAAUGACGCGUGAUAUUCUCACUCUGAAGCGGAGACAGCGGGAGCAAGCGAGGCGUAAUCACCAGUGUGAUGAGCUUUGUUUCGACUCGCGUCAUCAUGAGCAAAAGGAUGACUGGCCGGAGCCGGACACAGAGUUUAUUGAGAGUCUGACGGGGUUGAAGGUUGAUUAUGGCGGGGGGGAGGGGUAUGUUGUUGUUGGGGGGGAGGAGAGGGUGAGGAGGUUGACGGAGAGGGAUGUUGAAAAGUAUGAGCAGAUUAGGGAUUUGUAUUGGUGGUAUUGCAAGAUGGAUAUUUAUCAGAGUUUUCUGGGGGGGACGAGGCCUUUCAUGAAUUAUGAGGCGUGGACGCAGUGUAUUCCUAGGGGGCCGUUUGGGAAGAUUGAUUCGAUUUAUGGGACUUUUGACCAUUUGAUGUUGUUGUUGGGACGGUUGGCGAGUUUUGCGUCGAAGGAUUUGACGAGGAAGAGGAAGGCGAGGAAGUAUGGGCCGCCGCCCGGGGCUCCGGGUGGUCCUGGCGGUCCUCCUGGUAGUGGUCCCCCGGGUGGUCCUCCUGGCGGUUUUGAGGGUGGUCCCCCAGGAAGAUUCCCCGGCGGUAGUCCUCCUGGUGCCGGCCCCCCUGGAGGCUUCCCGGGUGGCCCGCCCGGAACUUUCCCCGGCGGUCCCCCGGGACCCGGCCAGGGAAGAGGUGCAUCUCCACCCCCCUUCACCGGCCUAAUGCCAUCCUCGGGCACCUUCGACAUCCCCAAAGGCUUCUCUCCACCCCGGGAGUCCACCCCUCCCCCGGACUCUUCUUCCUCCUCGGAAGAACCAGAAGACUUCUCCACCUCGACCGCCAAAGCCCUCCAAGAAUGGGAAUCCAUCCGCGCCGCCUUUGAGCUCUUCCGCUCCAAGCUCGGCCCCGACUUUGAGCCCAUGGGUCCUGACUUUGCGCCCCCGGACAUGACCCCCUUUGGCCCGGCUUUGAUCUACAGGACUUACAGCAUCGCGGGGAUAUGGAUGAAUUACUACAUGGGGCUGAUUAUUUUGCACAGAAGCCACCCGUCGAUGCCCCCGAUUGCGAUAUAUGCCGCCGGCAUGGCGGCGCAGCAGACGGGGAGGUGGGCUAAUGAGAUUGCGAGGAUCGCGGCGGGGUUGCAUGAGGAUACCACGCAUGUUAGUGCUGUGAGCACGCUGGUGGGUGCGGCGUUUAUAGAGAGCUGUUUUUGCUUGUUUGUGGCUGGGGUGCAGGUAAGGGGGUUUCCUGUUUGUCCUUUUCCGCUGUUGUUGCUGGGGGGUGGUGGGGGGUUGGGGUCGCCGAGUAGUUCGGUGGGAUGA